CUGCCCCGGGCCGGACCUGGGCGGGGGCCGGGGCCGCGGCCGUGGCAGGAAGCCGGAAGCAGUCGCGGCCCCAGCUCGGGAGACAUGGCGGGCGUUAAAGCUCUUGUGGCAUUAUCUUUCAGUGGGGCUAUUGGGCUGACUUUUCUUAUGCUGGGAUGUGCCUUAGAGGACUAUGGCGUUUACUGGCCCUUGUUCGUGCUGAUAUUCCACGCCAUCUCGCCCAUCCCGUAUUUCAUCGCCAAACGAGCAACAUAUGACUCCGAUGCAACAAGUAGUGCCUGUCGGGAACUGGCUUAUUUUUUCACUACCGGAAUUGUUGUUUCUGCCUUUGGAUUUCCUGUUAUUCUUGCUCGUGUGGCUGUGAUCAAAUGGGGAGCCUGUGGCCUGGUGCUGGCAGGCAAUGCAGUGAUUUUCCUUACAAUUCAAGGUUUUUUCCUUGUAUUUGGAAGAGGAGAUGAUUUUAGCUGGGAGCAGUGGUAGCAUGCGCUUUAUUUUGAUAAAAUGCAUUUAAUUUCUUAGAAUUCAUACUGUAUGUAUAUGUGUGCCCGUGUGGCCUUUUACUAUGAAACUUAAUAUGCUGGUUUUUUUAUACCUUUGUGAUCAUGUUCACUUUAAGGAGGACUACAUGAGGAAAAGGUUAGUUUUAUUCCCAGCCAGUAGACCUCUCCAUUUGCUCAAGUUGACUUAUGUUAUUUGUUUAGCUGUUCCUGUAGUCACGGUACUCUUAGAAAAUAUGUUAACAGUCUUGUAGACAGUUGCUCACUCAGUGUGCUGCCUCUCCACCUUUGGCCCAGGGCUGUGCUUGGGUGAGCACACAGCACUGGGGCUGUCUCAGCUCUGCUCAGGACUUCCAGGAUAUACUUGUGGCCCAAAGAGACAGAGGCGGCUCCCUCUUUGUGUUGCAGACUCUUGCUUCUCAAAGUGUGGUCCAAGAACAUCAGCAUCUUACAGUGUGGUCCAUAGGAGCUUAUUACAAAUGCAGAGUCUGAGGCCCCACCCCCAACCCAGUGCAUUUUGACGCGAUCCCAGGUGAAUCAUACGCACGUUAAAGUUUGAGAAGCUCUGUCAUGGAGGGAUAAGCAUUGUCUUCCCCUUGGCUGAACCGCUUAACCUCUCUGGUUUUCGCUGCUUGUAAAAACUGUUUCUCCUGUCCCUUAUGUUGAGGCCUAGUUCACACUCUCCUUGAUGUUUGUGAAAUGUCCAAAUGUAUCACUUAUAGGCUGUUCCUCAGAUUUGGGAAGCGUUCUCAAUAGGGAACAGCUAUGGCUUCACGUUGUCUGAAAGGCAGUGGCCGUCCUCGCAGGGCUGCAGCCACAGAGCUCCCCCUGGGAGGCAGGGGAGGGAGGCUGGGCUGGAACUGGCCCCUGCUUUAGCAGGCCGGGGAAGCAUGGAUAAGUAAUACUGUUGAAUCUCCCUGUGUGAUCUGGCAUUUCUCCUCAGUUCCUUCUCUCUGCUGUUCCCCACCCACCCUCACCAGCCCCACCGGCCCCCACCCCCACAAACACACACACUCCCAGCAGGUCUGAUUUGCCCUCAUUUCUUCGUGGCUUGGCUGCUGCUUUCUGUAGAGACGUGGAGCCGAGGAAGCCAGCAGAGGGUGAGCUGCUUAUUUUACCUGUGGUGUACUUAUUGUCUUUCAUGUCCUGUAGGACUUUUAAAAUAUAUGUAUAUAACACUUUAUGCCACUUUUAAAUGAAUCAUUGAGAAUUCAUGUCAUACUGGUCCUGUAAUCACAGUUUUCCUGGUUCAAGUUUUUGUCCAAGACCUAUCAAGAAAGGGAAAUAUGGGAACUAGAACCACUUGAUUAGAAUAUAAGCAGUGACUGUAAAGCAUUGUUAAUGUGCUAAAGGACAUACAUUCAGGACACUGAAACCUUGAAGUUUGUAACGCCUCCGUGCUCUGGAUUGGUGCUGGGAUCAGGAGAAGAUAAGAGUGAUACUAAAAGGGUAAUGUGCAGAGUGAUAUUUGAGCCUUGUGCAUGAUUUAAUGUUUUCAAUGUUCUGUAUACGUAUAGAAUUGUUAAAGUUGUUGUUUCCAAUAUUUAUAUUAGAAAAAUUACAUAGACACUUUAUAACUUUAACCAGCAUUUUUAAUAACACUUGCACUUACUGUAUUGUAAUAAAUUUCACUUUUAACAGAAAAGUUUAAUUUUAAAAG